AUGCCAGGUAACAAUGAACUUUCAACCAUUAUUGAAGAAUCAACUAUCAAGGCUGAAACAACUGUGAAAAUUGAUGAAGUAAUUGAAGAAGUUAUCAAUGAUAAAGUUCACGAGUUUGAAACCAUUACAGAAUCGACAUUGGAAAGAAGCUUUGGAAUCUGGCAAUCAAUAAAUAAUGAUGAAAAAUUCAAUGAGAAAAAUACUUCAGAAGAAAAUUCCCCUUGCGUUAGUACUAUAUCACUGAAAAAAUUAAAAGAGCAAUUAUUAGCCCGAGGAAUUGGUAUACAAACAUUAGCAAGUGGAAUAUUUGUGCAAUCAGAUCCAAGUGAAAACUCAAGUAUUAAUUUGAUAAGAAAUUAUGCAGAAGAUACAAAUUCUUCUACUACAAACGAAAUCGAUAAAAAUAACACAGCAGUUAAUGAAAAAACUAUAGUUUCCAAACGUGAGAAUGAAAACGAGCUUCAGUAUAAAUGUGAGGAGUGUUCAAAAAUGUUCGAGCAUGUGUCGUCUUUGGAAUUGCAUAAGAGGAUGCACAACGAAGGACGACCUCAUGAAUGUCAAGUGUGUCAUCAGAGGUUCAAACAAACCGGACAUUUAAAAUUACAUGAAAAAGUUCAUACGAGAGAAAAGUAUCAUAAAUGUGAAAUUUGCCACAAAAGUUAUUCGCGUGCAGCGGAUCUUAAAAGACAUAGAUCGGUACAUAAUAAGGAAAAAAAUGUAUACAAAUGUGAGGUUUGUUUUGAGAUGUUUACUUACGUUAAAGAGCUAAAAGAUCACUCGGCAGUUCACACAGAAAAACAACUUUUCACGUGCGAAGUUUGUUCCAAGUCCUACAUACGUUUUGGAAAUUUAAAGAGGCAUAGAAGUAUAACUGCACAUUAAUGUCAGUUUUUACAUACGUAUUAUUUUGUUGAUUAUUGAGUCUAUUUAAUUUUACAUGGAGAAAAUCAAGA